AUGGAAACUGAUCAUCAUAUUCCAAAAGAAGAAUCUGAGAAAAUCGAAGAAAACUCAUCCAGAUUAAAAAUUAAAACUUCCUCUGAACAGAUCAUUGACAAAUUUAACAAUCACUUUAUGACUAAACAUAAGAAAAGAAGGAUUUUAAAAACUGAGAUCUUGAAUAUCGAAAAGGAAAACCGAGCAUUUCUUGAGGAAUAUUGGGAAAAUCCAGAAGACAAUAAUUUAUUAAAAAAAUUGCCUUUACAACCAUUGAGUUAUUAUGCAUUCAAAGAUGGAAUUAGUAUGAUUGGGUCCUUUAACAUCCGAGCGUUUGGUCUUAAAAAGUUAAAAAAUAAUGAUAUAAUGAGAAUCAUCAUUCCUAUCCUUCGACGAUAUGAUAUUAUUCUUUGCCAAGAAGUCCAUUUAAAUGAUGAAGAAAUGAUUGAGAAACUUGUCGAUAUGGUAUCAAACUCUUCUGUCCCAUAUUCCUAUACCCUAAGCUACCCUGUUGGUAAAAGCCUAAAUGAAGAAAGAUUUAGUAAACAUUCAUAUAAAGAGCGAUAUCUUUACUUAUAUAAACCGAAUAAGUGGAAAUUACUAGAUAACUAUAUAGCUAAUAAUAGUCAAUUUGUUAGAAUGCCUUACGUUGCCCAAUUUCAGCAUCUGAAAAAACCACAUGUAAAAAUUACACUUAUUGGAUGUCAUACACAGCCAGGACAUGCAUACAACGAAAUAAAAGCAUUAGUGACUGAUGUAUACGCUUAUGUUAAAAAAAAAUCGGUAAAAAAGAGUAGUCUUUCUUGUUUAUUAAGUCUAUUAUGUUUGAAUACAAAAGAAGCACCAAUUUUUGGAGAAAAUUGCGAACAUAUAAUUCUAAUGGGUGAUUUCAAUGCUUCUGGUUCUUAUCUUAAUAAAACAAAGCAAGCAGAACUAGAUAAAAUUUUGGCUCAAAAUAAUUUAAUUUGGGGAAUUAGUCAUUCAAGUGAUACUACUGUUGCCUCUAAACGCGCAGCCUAUGAUAGAUUCAUAUUUGAGGUAAAGAAUAAGAACAGAUGGAUUGGUGAUAUCAGGGUAUGGGAAUUUGACAAAUUUUGGAAAGAUAAAUACGAUCCAGCCUUGAUCACAAAACUCGCAAUGCGUGUCUCAGAUCAUUAUCCUAUCGAGUUCGAAUUGAAAUUAACAUAA